UCACUCCACAUAGCUUCUAUAAGCCCUGAGGUUGGGAGUCUUGAUGGAAAAUUACCUUGUGACCACAAGGGGAGGUCAGGACUGGUAGAGUCAGACUCUACUUGUCCCGAGCAGGAGCAGCAGCAGCAGCAGCAGAAGCAGCAGCAGCAGCAGCAGAGAGAGGAUGGCAAGUGCAUUUGGCUGAUCAGAGGGGAACACGGACGGGACAUGGAGAAACUAAGAGCUCCCACUGUGGGAUGCACCAAAGCCACCUGUGGAUGGAGAGCCAUGCUUCUCCCACAGCUGAAUCGGCAGUCCCUGUACGUGUACGGCAGUGAGAUGGCCGUGGAGAAGGAAUGUAUACGACAGCUGCAGAGCGGAGUCUUUGUCAUCCACCCGUUCAGCGUCAUGAGGAGCUACUACAUCAUGUGCAUGAUGGCAAUCACAUUUCUGAACCUGAUUGGGAUUCCCAUGGAGAUAGCGUUUCUGGACGGAAACAGCGGGAUGAUAUGGGAGGGAUUUAACGUGUUUUCAGACACACUGUUCCUGAUAGAUGUGGCUCUGAAUUUCCGAAUGGGCAUCAUAACAGAGGACGGCGAGGAAGCUAUUCUGGAUAUCAAACGGAUCCGAGUCAGUUACCUGAGGACAUGGUUCAUUCCGGAUGUGAUAGCUGCUUUCCCAAUCGGCUACAUACUGCUGUUUGCGGACUUACAGUACCACAACGAAGACAAUCCCUCCAAGACCAACAAAAUGAUGAGGAUACUGAUGUUUGUGCGGAUCCUCAGCUUGAUCAGACUCGCUCGAGUGUCCAGACUGGUCAGAUUCUUCAAUGAAGUAGAGAAAGUGUCAAACGCAAACCUGGAGGUGGUCCGCCUGUUCUUCCGCAUCUUGUCUCUGUUCAUGAUGAUUUUCCUGCUGUGUCACUGGAACGGCUGCAUCCAGUACUUUGUCCCCAUGCUGGAGGAGUUUCCCACUGACUGCUGGGUCCGGAAAGAAAACCUGAUGAACGCCACAGUGAUCGUGAAGUACUCCUGGGGAGUUUUCCGAGCCCUGUCCCAGAUGAUUGCUCUGUCUUAUGGCUCAAUGGAUGCACCAACAAAUUAUGUUGAAAUGUGGAUCGUCAUGGUCAGCAUGGUGUCCGGAUGUCUGAUGUACACUGUCCUGGUGGCAAACGCUACAACCAUGAUAGCUAACAUCGACCCAGCGGCCAAGGAGUAUAAAAGCAAGAUGAGCCGUUUGGAGCACUACAUGACCUUCAUGAAACUCCCACCAGAGCUGCAGCUUCGUAUCAACAACUACUACCAGGCUCGCUAUGGAGGGAAGUGGUUUCAUGAGAAGGACGUCAUGGACACAGUGUCCUCAGCGCUCAAAGAGCAAAUCCUUAUGGUGAUGUGCAGCCGACUGCUAAGAAACGUGCCACUGUUUCAGAACAGAGAUGAAAACUUCAUCAACGCCGUCCUCCUCAAACUGGAAUACGAGGUUUUCCUGGAGGGAGACACCAUUGUCCGAGAGCACGUCCCAGGUGACCGCAUGUUCUUCAUCGAUCACGGGCAGGUCCUCAUGGAGACCGACUCCUACGAGAGGGAACUGUGUGAUGGAGACUUUUUUGGAGAGACAUGCAUGCUGACCAAAGGCAAACAUCUGGCUACAGUGAAGGCACUGACCGACUGCCAGUGUUUCUCUCUGUCCUGGGCUGACUUUCGGGAGGCGCUGAGGGGCUUCCCAGAUGUCAGGAAGGACUUAGAAAAAAAUCUUCUGCUCAAUUCUGAUGGUGGACUUGUGUAAGACCAAGAACAGCAUU